GAGAAUUUUUUAUAUAUGCAAUGCUAGACAAGUACGUAUUGUGUGCAUGAGAGUGAGUGGCAUUAAGUUCGCAAUAUAAAUGGAAUUGCUUGGAAGCAACAAACGACUGACGAUAUCAAAUAAAAGCCCACCAACAAAUUCGACUUUGCGACAACGGCAAACGCUGGCAGAGGCGAAGGAGGCAACGGCAACGGCGAAUCAAACGGAUCUUAAGAAGUAGAAGCAGCCGCCGCAGCAGCAGCUACGGCUUUCGGUAUAGCCGCACCAAAAACAACCAGAGCACAAUGUGCGAGGUUUGCGCCGAUUUCCAAAAUCUAUUGGAGCUGUAUGAGGUGCGCGUGGCCAGUUCGGAGCUUAAGUUUCAGCUGCUGCUAAAGAGCGAAAUUGAGACGACAUUCAACUACAUUCAGUCGUGGCCACAGCGUCAGUGCAUGUGCUUGUAUCGUGACAACAAGAACUAUGAUCGUUUCAAUCUGGUGGUGCAGUCGCUCAUCUGUCUGACGGUGCAGCAUUUGAAGCACAUCGAUCAUCUGAUCGACAGCUAUAAGCGUUUGACUGCCAGCGCAGCGCAGGUGGUCGCCCAGGCGCAACGGAAGCCACCAGCACCGGAAAGGGAGGCACACAACGACAAUGACAGCGAAAGCGAAAACAAGUCCAAGGAGCAGCUGGCGUCCUCGUCGUCGUUAUCAUCGUCAUCGCCGACUUCUGCCCGCGCCGCUGAUGAGAACAAAGCCAAGCUUGCGGACGGCAGCGGCGAUGAGGAGAAACGUGCCUCGGGCGAUGGCCCCGGACCGCCAAAGAAGCCACCAACAACACCGCCACUGCCAGCCCCACCAAGUAGCACCAAAUCACAUCCACAAUACACCGAAGAGCCAUGGAUACUGCCGGAGGUGGAGAAGCUGCUCGUUCUCGUUUCCAAGGUAUUUCUACUCAACUUUCCGCUGUACAUUGCCCACAAGCACGGCAUGCACUCCCGCCUAGACGAUCUACAGGCUGACGAAGCGCACCACUUGGCCCUAAUCUGCGAUCUGCACGACAACGAUCUGCCCAUCUACCUGCUGCGCAACGUGAGUCUCUUCUGCAAUUCGGGCGGCUUUGGCGCCAUGUCCCUCUGCUUCGAGCAUCCCGAUUUGCCUGUGUCCACGGCACACUCCAUGACUGCCACAGUGUCGAAUGUGAAGCUCUGGCUCAACUAUCACUGCAACACCCAGCUCUUUGUGCCACUCCGCAGCCGCAUUCUGCAGUACAUGUGCAAGCUAUCCGAUCAGAAUCUGCGUUCAGCGGCGACGCGUGCCAUGGCUGACUUUGUGUGGUCCUCCAUGCGGGAUCCCCUCGACGUGGCCGUCAACUUUGAUACCGAGGGCCUGGCGCUGGCUUUCAAGUAUUUCACAUCCACCACACUGACGAUGCGUUUGGCGGGCAUGGCGCAGAUCAAUGCUCACAUCAAUUUAUUCAAUGAGAUCUGCACAACGGAGACGGUCAAUGAGGUGGAGCUGUUUGGUCAGCGCAUUGCCAACUGGCUGACGGAGAAUCAGAUUGUGCAGCAUCUGUUUGGGCCGAAUCUGCACGUGGAGAUUGUGAAGCAGGCGCAUGUACUUCUUAACUUCCUGGCCGUGGAGAAUCAGAUCUCCGAGGAGGACAUCAAGCUAAUUUGGCAAGCAACGCAGCUGAAGCACUGCUCGAAGACCAUAUUUGAUAUUUUACCGGCACUCGUAAAGAAUCUGGCACCGCGUCCGGCCAUGCAUUUGUAUUCGCUGCUGUGCCGCAUGGAUCCCAAGGAGCACACGGAGCAAAGCAUUUACAUUGCCUCCGCCCUGACCAAGUUGAUUUGGACGCGCGAUUGCACGCGCAGCCAAAUGAAUUUGAUGCAAGACCAUUUGCUUGGCUCGAAUGUGACGGCCUCCAGCUCGGACAGCGGCAGCAUUGAGGGUAGCAACACCGAGGAUGAUCAUGUCGGUGCCGACGACAGCAGCAUUGCUAGUGGUGGUGGCGGUGGCGGUGUCAGCGGAGGAGGUGGUGGUGGUCACAAAAGUCCCGUCGAUGGGGUAACACCUUGCAAACAGGCCAGGCACAGGCGGCAUAUUUGUGAUCCCACCACCGAGAAGGUCAAGCAACUGAGUGGCGAGGACAUGGCCAAGGUGGACAUCAAAAACCAUCGCAUUGUGAACAUCAUCGACAACACCAGCAGCGAGGAGGAGUUGCAAUCGCGAGCUGCUCUCGAGCUGCAGAUGCAUCGCAAGAAGACGAGCAACAAGCGCCGCCGGCCAAAAGCCAGCAGCAACAAACAACAGCAGCUGUUGCUGCCGCAUGAGCUCGUCGAAAUAUGGGACGGUGCCGAGGAUGUGCCCAGCAGUGAUGACGGCGAUGCCGAUGGCGAUGGCGAACUGCUCGCAGACAGCGAUGAAUGCAGCGAUGGCGCCGGCCAUCAACUGGUGCCCGCCGCUGUCCUGAAACAUUUGCACGGCGAAGGACCGUAUAUACGUGCCAUUGCCGAGACGAACAUCAGCGAACUGUUGAGCGGCGCCGAGAAUGAUGGCAGUUAUUCCUCGCCCAUGAGCAAUAAAUCGGAGAAGAAUCUUGCCGACUUCGAUGACGAGGAUGUGUCGCCGUGCGAGGAGGAAUUGGCGCAACUUGUCAAUUCUCAUGUGGGCCGUGUGACUGCCCCAAAUUGUGAUGUUGCACCGGGCUUUGCAGCUGCCGCCGCUGUUGCUCUGAUGGCCGUACAAUCCGCCGUGGCCAUGCAAAAGUCCGGUGAAUCGAAUGUGGCUGUUGCCGCCGCUGCUGUUGCCGCAGCCGCUGUUGCCACCGGCAAUGCGCAACAAUCGUUGGCGGCCAUGCGACAUCAGGCGAAUGCAGCGGCCGCCGCUGCUGCUGCCGCCGCUGCCAAAUCAAAGUCGGACUCCGAUGUGGAUCUCAUGGAGGGCAGCAACAAGCAGCAGCACUCACCCAAGGCGGCCAACAAUCAGCCCUCCUUCAAGCUCAACGAUGUCUGCCAGCCUGGCAAUACGCUACUCUGGGAUCUGCUGCAGGAUGACAAAAUUGGUCAACUUGGCGAAUCUCUGGCAUUGGAGGCGGAGAAGGCACUGGCGACGCUGCUAUGCUUCAGCAUGGACCGCCAGCUGCGCACAAAGUUCAUUGAGGGUUGUCUGCAGAACGUGGCGAACAAUCGCAGUGUGAUUGUCAGCUUGAGAUUGCUGCCGAAGCUGUUUGCGUCAUUCCAACAGUUUCGGCAAUCGGACACACACACAAUGACGAUGUGGGCAGAGCGCAAUCAUCGCAUGAUGCAGUGCUUCUUCAACAACAUUCGCCACUAUGCCAGGCGGCAUGCGGAGCUGCUGAUCAAUCAGAAUGGGGAGCAGCAACAGCAGCAGCUGGGCCUUCAGCUAUACUCGCACAAGACGCAAGUUUCAGUGCGGCUGCAGUUUCUGUCAUCGAUCUUCUCGUCGGUGGGCUCGCCAAAGAACUUUCGCCUCACGUUGGACCAGUUGGACGCACUGUGGGAGUGGCUAGCGCAUGAUCCCGAGUGCUCCGACUGCUAUUUCUCGUGGCUACAGGCGCAAACCAAGGGCGGCGAUCAACAUGCCCUCGGCAUCGAUGCCCUGCAACAUUUAUACUUGAAAAAGCUACCGGAACUGCGACCCGAAGAGUUCUCCAUGGUGGCGUUGGGCCUGUUCCAGCAACUGUGCAGUUUCGCCCGCAUCGCCAUGGCCGAGUACGAGAAGCACAGCGAUGCCAUCACCGCCAAUUCCAGUGCCGUAGGCAUGUACCACUUGUGGCAGAUCGCAUUGCGUGCCCAGAGCAACGAGGUCUCGCUGGCAGCGAUCCAAUACAUCAACAUGUACUACAUGGGCCAGCAGCUGCGCCUGGAAAAGGAGUUUGUCUCCCAGUGCAUGGACAACUUGGUGCAGGCGGCAACAGCAUUGGAAUGCAUUGAGGAUGAGAAUGCCUUGAUGCGAGUACAGCGUGGCUUGCUGCUGUUGAAUACGCAUCUGGACACGUUUAGGCGACGCUAUGCCUUCCACUUGCGGCGCUGGGCAAUCGAGGGCAAGGGGAUUGGCUCGCACAGCAAUUUGAAGAACGAGGGCGCCGGUCCACCGUUGAGGAUUGUGCUGCAACAGGCUGGGCUAUCGGAGAAGAGUCUGCUGCAGAUGCAUGCCUGUGAUCUGAUUGCCGAUCUCAAGGCGGAGGUGUCCAAGUGGUGGGAGAGCCUGCAGUCGGGCAUGACGGCGCCGGUGCUGGGCCUGCUCUUAAGCGACGGUCCGCUGCGGAUAAUAACACAGGGCCAGGAGCUCACCUCGGACUAUGAUGAGCGGACGUUGGGCGAUGCCGGCUUCAAGGACAAUCAGAUUGUGUACGUCUCGUUGGGCGGACGUGGUGCGCGGCGCAAGGAGACAAAUGUGGAGCAUCCAUCGAUGUUGCCGCCACCGCCAAAGGAAUGCCUGCCGACGGUGCUACUGCUGCAACCGAAAUACUUUGAGAAACUCUUCUGUCUGAUGCAGACGCUGGGCGACAUGAAGCCGCAGUCGUCAACGGUGCAUCUGCAGCAUCACACCAAGGCACAGCUUUUGUCGCGCCGUGUUUGGGACAUAUUAGCGAUGCUGCCGACGAAUCCGCACAUUUUGGAUGCGUUCAAGAAUCUGGUCAACGAUCUCAAUGAGCUGCAGCAAUUGGACGCCGUCGGCGAUCAGGAGCAGCUGGCCAACAAGCGCAAGCAAAUCAAACAGAAGUUCAACGAACUGCUCGAUCCUAGCAAUCUGCAAAAGUUCAUGUACUCCCUGCACAUCGUCGAGAGCCUGGCGCUGAGCAGCGCACCGCGUCAAGCGGCUGCUGCCGGCGCUGCUGCGACCGGUUCCAAUGGCAGUCUGGUCAUUGUGGAGCAGCCGCGUCUUAAGAAGGGCACCAACCGCCGGCACAACAGCAACGAGCAGCCGCCGGAGCCAAAACGGAGCAGCAGCAGCAGUGAUUGCAGCAAGGAGCUGAUCGGCUGCUCAGAGCUGGAUACGACGACGACGACACAACCAUCGACGCCACGCUCCGGCAGCGAUGCGGAUGUCACCGAAUUCCAGUCCAGCGGCGGCGACAAAGAGAACCAUCCCAAGCAGAUUAGCAAGCGGCAGAAGAAGAUCGAUGCACCGAUCGAGCUAGAGCGUCCAAUUGGCUGUGUGACACCACCACCGCCGCCAGCAGCGCCGGCGGCAGCAGCAACCAUAUUGCCAGCGGCGACAGCGGCGGCGCCCGUGCGCAGUGUGCUGCUCGGCGAGAGCAGCAAGUGGAGCGAGGCAUUCAUAAAAUGCGGUGGACUGCAGCAUCUGUACGAGAUCUUCAGCGGCGGCCAGCUGCAGCAGAGCGCCCAUGCCAAGGAGCUGGCGCUGAACGAGUGGCGUCACGACUGCCUCGCCAGCCUGUUACGCAUCCUUUGGCUGUUGGGCUUCGAGGAGCUGCAGACGCAGGAUGCACACGUGCUGAUGUCGCGACCGCAUGCCUUCAUGCUGCAGCUAAUGGAGGUGCCACAGUGUCUGCAGCGUCUCUCGAGCAUUCUCAGUGAUGAAGUGCAUCAGCAUUUGUCCACCGGCGCCACCUCGUUGGUGUUCCCCUAUCAGUUCCAUCAGCUGCGUACUGGUUUCUGGGGACGCGCCCAACUGGUACAGUUCACCAUGAAUAUUCUGGUGAGCUUUGUGCAUGCCUCGUCCGAGGCGCGUCGUCUGCUCUGGUCCCAGCCGGAGCAAUGCACGUGGCUGCAGAAGUUCAUACUCGAGGAUCCGGAGCCGGCGGUGCGCCGUGAAAUCUGCGCCGGUCUCUAUCGCAUCUGUUUGGGCAAUGCGCAAAGCUAUCGUCUGCUGUUGGCGCCGCUGCUGCACAAGCUGAUCGCCCUGCUGCCGCGUGCCGAGCAGAUGAGCUCCUCGGUGCAGCACACCCAGUUUCUGCUCUCCGAGGAGGGCAAGGAGCCGUAUGGACCGGCGUGUCGAGAUUACUUCUGGCUGCUGGCGCGACUCGUGGACACCCUGACGCCCGAAAUGGUCGCCGAGGAGCGCAUCGAUAUCGAGCUGCUGUGCGAGAGCAUCUCGGAGAGCAUUCUCGGCCGGGACUAUCACGAACUGCGGCACGGCUAUCAGGAUGAUGGCCUGGUCGGGCUGCUAAAUCUCAUGUCGAACCUGAUCAAGUACGACACCAGUUACAAGUACAGAACGAAGGCGCUCAGUUUCAUUGAGCAGCUCAUCGAGUUUCUGUUCGAGAUGCCCUCACCGGCCAACCGGCAGAAGCCCAAAUGCAAAUCGGCCACAUCGCGUGCCGCUGCAUACGAUCUGCUCGUAGAGCUGUCCCGCGGCUGUGCCACCAACUAUGGCUAUCUGCAUGGUCGCCUGCUGGCGCAGCACAAGUCCGGACCCAAGCAGCCGUAUCCCUGGGACUAUUGGCCACGUGACGAGGGCCGUGCCGAGUGCGGCUAUGUCGGCCUAACGAAUCUGGGUGCCACCUGCUACAUGGCCAGCUGCAUACAGCAUCUGUACAUGAUGCCACAGGCGCGUGCCGCAAUUUUGCGCCUGCCCCCGGCCGGGGCACAGAAGCAUGCGCCGACGCUGCUGGAAUUACAACGAAUGUUCGCUUAUCUGUUGGAGUCGGAGCGCAAGGCGUAUAAUCCGCGUAGCUUUUGUCGGGUCUAUCAGAUGGACCAUCAGCCGCUGAAUACGGGCGAGCAGAAGGAUAUGGCCGAGUUCUUUAUUGAUCUGGUGUCGAAGCUGGAGGAGAUGACACCCGAUCUGAAGCAUCUGGUGAAGCGUCUGUUCUGCGGCACCUUGAGCAACAAUGUGGUCUCAUUGGAUUGCGGACAUGUCUCGCGCACCGCCGAGGAAUUCUAUACGGUUCGCUGUCAGGUUGCGGAUAUGCGCAAUCUGCAGGAGUCGCUCGACGAGGUGACCGUCAAAGAUACGCUCGAGGGCGACAACAUGUACACGUGCUCGCAGUGCGGCAAAAAGGUGCGCGCCGAGAAGCGCGCCUGCUUCAAGAAACUGCCACAGAUACUGUGCUUCAAUACGAUGCGAUAUACGUUCAACAUGGUCACCAUGCUCAAGGAGAAGGUCAACACGCACUUCUCAUUUCCGCUGCGUCUCAAUAUGUGCCACUAUGUGGAGAAGACGCUGAUGCCGCAGCAGUACAAGGAGGAUCGCGAGAAGCGGAAGCGCGAGGAUCUCGAGGCAGCGGAGAACGAAAAGGCUGAGGCGACACUGGACGCUGACAUCGAGGAGUGCUAUGAGUACGAAUUGGUUGGCGUUACAGUGCACACGGGAACCGCGGAUGGUGGACACUAUUACAGCUUCAUCAAGGAGCGCACGAAAAGCAAUUAUCAUCCGCACGAGCGUUGGUUCCUUUUCAAUGAUGCCGAAGUCAAGCCAUUUGAUCCCUCGCAAAUAGCAGCCGAGUGCUUUGGUGGCGAGAUGACAAGCAAAACGUACGACUCAGUGACCGAAAAGUAUUUGGACUUUAGCUUUGAGAAGACCAAUUCUGCGUAUAUGCUGUUCUAUGAGCGACGCUUGCCUGAACAUCUGCAGCGUCGACACUCGGAGCUACUGGCGACGCCAACGCCAAGUCCCACCAACGAGGAUAAGCCCGAAGCGGAAGAACCCCUUAAAGCGGAGACGCUGAUUAACAAUAAUAAAAAAGAUUCCACAAAUGAGGACGAGGCGCAUCCACCACUUAAGGCACAGCCGCUGGAGAAAGAGAGGGAUGAGAGCCAAACUGAAAAGUUGCAGCCAGAGCAGCAGCAGGAAGAGUCCGCCAAGAACGAUGAUGAGAAGAAGGGAGAGGAGGAGCAAAUAACAGCCAAUUGUGAUAAUUUGAAGUCGAAUAAUAACAAAGAACAACCGCAGGCGUCAACCUCAAAGGGUGCCGUCGUCGCGGAAGCCAAAGUGUCCACAAAGCCACAACAGUUUCGUCCAUUGUUGAGCAAGGAGCUAGAGGAUUGGAUAUGGCAGGACAAUAGACAGUUCCUGCAAGAUCGCAACAUCUUCGAGCACACCUACUUCAACUUCAUGUGGCAGAUUUGCGGCCAUAUACCACAGACAUUAAUCUCGGACACGGACGUCACCUGCAUGGCGGCCAAGUUGUCUGUGUCAUUUUUUAUUGAAACAUUCAUACAUGCCAAGGAAAAGCCCACGAUGGUUCCUUGGGUGGAAUUGCUUACAAAGCAGUUUAAUGCCAGUGAAGAGGCUUGCGAAUGGUUCCUUUCGCACAUGUCCGUGGAACCAUUUUGGCCCGUACAGGUGCUAAUCCAGUGUCCAAAUCAAAUGGUGCGUCAAAUGUUUCAGCGUCUGGUCGUUCAUGUCAUACAGCGGCUACGUGCAACACAUGCUGAUCUGUAUCUGGGCGUUGAAACGGAUGAAAAUGACAGGGAGCUGAUUGGCCAGGCAUCGUGUGUGACACGGUUUAUAAGCUCGCUAAUUUCGCUGCUGGAGCAUGGAGCUCGCUCGCAUUUGCGUCAUUUGUCCGAAUACUUUAGCCUGAUGUGCGAGUUCUCGCGCAUGGGCGAUGAGGAGGCAUUGUUUCUGUUGCGCAUCGGUGUACUCAAGAGCCUGGUCGACUUCUACCUGGGCCAUAAGCAAACGGAUAGUAUUGACAUCAGCUCGGACAACGAGGACAACUCGUCAGAUGAAGCGCUUUCAGUUGAAAAAAUGCGUCCAGCGUCGCUAGACAAAAUGAUUGCACUCUGUGCCAGUCUUGUGGAGCGUUCGCGUGGCGCCGAUUUUCGAUUGAGACUGUCGCCGAAAGACUUCAAUGCCAUUGCCGGCGGAAAGGGCUUUCCAUUUUUGUAUCAACAAAUAAAGGACGGCAUUAAUCCGCACCAGACAAAGCAUUUAAUCCAUGCGCUCUGCCGCUGGGACGAUCGCUUGGCCACCCAAAUCAUCAGUAUGCUCUUCGCCUCGGUCACCAAGCACACCGAGCUCUGUGCACCAUUCUUCAAGCUGCUCACUUUGCUCACCGAGACGCAGGGCGGACCGGUUGGCCUGCCCUGCUUCACCCAGCUAGUGCUGCCCCGCAUGUGGGAUGCGGCCGAGUACUGUCCACAGUCAGUGCUUGACUGGCUGUCGCUGCAGGCGACAAAAAAUAAAAUCGCCCAUGCCUGGAUACUACAGUCCGCCGAGCAAUGGCUGGAACAGUUUCUCCUCGCCCACGAUAAUACGCGCGUACGAAAUGCCGCUGCCUGUCUGCUGGUGGCGUUGGUGCCCUCGCAACCGUUUCGGGCCAACUUUCGCGCCCACUCGCAGCACAAGUUGUUGGCCCUCAAUCCGCACAGUUACCGCGACAUCAACAGCGAUGCCCAGGUGGUGCUGCAUCAGGUGAUCACAUUGCUGCUGCGACUACUGCGUCCAGCGAGGGUGUAUGCGGACAUUGGGGCACAUGGCACCACAAAGUUGACCGCCUAUUUUAAUCUACUCAGCUACUGUAUGGUUUCAAAGACUGAAAAACUAAUGAUAGGUUCGUUUAUGCGCUCCCUGUGGGAGCUGUUCCAUCCGCGUCUCUCCGAGCCCAGCGUACCGGCGCAUCACAACAAGCACGCACUGCUCACCUUCUGGCAUCAUUCGCUUGUCGACUGCCCCGAAAAUGCGGCCAUGGUCGCCAACUGUCCGGAGAUUACCCGCAACAUUGCAUUUAACUAUAUACUUGCCGAUCACGAUGACGCGGAAAUUGUUACUUACAAUCGGUCCAUGCUGCCCGCCUACUAUGGACUCCUGCGUCUGUGCUGUGAGCAGAGUCGAGCACUCACCCGCCAAUUGGCACAGCAUCAGAAUCUACAAUGGGCCUUCAAGAACAUCACGCCGCAUCCCACACAAUAUGCGGCCGCUGUUGAUGAGCUCUUUAAACUGAUGGCACUGUUUGCCACCCGCCAUUCGGAUGCCAGCGAACAGGAGAAACUGGAUGUCAUCGCCUUCAGACGCUCCGUCAUUGUAGCCUACACAAGCAGCCUGGACGCACGGGUCUCCUGGUCCACUCUCAUUAGUGCGCUCAAAAUACUGGUGGACAACGACGAUGAUCGCAUGCUGGUCAUUUAUAAUGGCGGCAUUGAGAUGUGCUUCGAGGCGUUGCACACGUUACAUUCCAUGCAUCACGAGGCAACCGCCUGUCAUGUGGCUGGGGAUCUGUUGGAUCUGCUCGGGGAGAUGGUGCUGCUGCUGGCCACGUUGCGCAUGCGCACCGACAAUCCGGCGCAAAAGAAGCAGCAGCAACAGCAACUGGAGCAGCAGCUGCAAUUGCAGCAGCAACAAUUGCUGCAGAAGCAACAGCAGACGCAGUGCACCCAAGCGCCACAGACGCCCCAGCAGAAGGAGAAGCAGCUGCAGCAGCAAAUGCAGCAGCAUCUGCAAUUGCAACAAAUGCAGUUGCAGCAACAGCAUUUUCUGCGCCAGCAACAUCAACACUCGGCAUUGGCCAAGGCGCUGCCCGAUGCCAUCAAGCGGCUGGCAACGCUGCUGAACACAUUCAACUCGCCGGAGAUUAGUCGCAUGGCGCUGGAGGUGCUCAAGGAGCUGGUGCGCAACACCAGCCUGGAGGCCACCAGCAUUUUGGCGCCCAUUUUAAUCAACUGCCAUUUGUCUGUGGCCAAUGCACCCAACGCAAUUGGCCCCUUGGGACCCUAUUUUCCACGUCGCGGUGCCAAACAAACGCCGUGGCCACUGGGUGCCAAGAACUCGCCACGACCACCCAGGCCGAUGGUGCAGAUGUGCAUUGCCCUGUCAGAGUUGGCGCCACGUGGCCUCGACACCGAGUACGAUGCCCAAGUGGAUGCCUUCUACAGGCCGUAUCAUGACUUCAUCGAUGUGAUGCUGCGCAUGUGCAUCAACACGGGCACCCUCAACGACACUCUCGUCAAGCUGCACUGCCUGGUGGCCAUUGAGUCGACGCCGCUCCAUUUCAACUACUUUCCCAAAUUCUGGGUGGGCAUACACAACAAUGCACUAACGCACAAAUAUUCGGAACUGCUUGUGAAGAAUCCGUUGCUAAUCGAGUAUCUGCAUAAUGUGCUCAGAGAUGAGCGGAGCAUGCUGAAGGAUACUUUUGUGCGAGAGUUUCUGGAGCUGUACUAUCACAAAGUGGCCGCACAGCUGCCGGUGGCUCGAAUGAUCUACACGAUUAACUAUGGCAUGCACUCCAAGGAUGACAUCGAGGAGCUCUGCGGUGAUCUCUUUGCCAUACGCAUUAUUGCCCAGGCGACGGGUGUGCCGACCUCCGUGCGCAAGGAACUCCGCGGAUCGCUAAGGGCGCUGCUCAACAAGAGCGAGCGCUUUCAAAAGGAAGUGGAGCGAGAUCAAUUCCCAAACAAGAAGCAAAAACGUGAAUCCGGCAAGGAGAAGGAGCAAACGUCAUCAGCCGGCCAGUCUGAGGCAGAGACCGCAGACAAUUCGCCAGAUGGCAAAGAGAAGGUUGAAUCGGUGGAUAAGAUCAGCACGGCGGAUGUGUCCAUGGAAAUGCCCAGUGACUCUGCUGUAGGCGCUGACGAUGCUGCUCCUGCUGCUGUCGCUGUUAGUGUCGCUGCAACGGAACCAGCGACACCAGCUGCUGACUACGCGGACGAGCAUAUGGCGAGUCCUGCUUCCGAGAAGCAAGAGAAAGGAUCGAUUCCCUCGUCCGAUGACGAAACGGAACUGGAAGAUGAAUUGGAGCCGACACCCAAGCGUAAUAAGAAAUCGGCCAACAAGAAGACCGCUCACGAUCGGGCCAACGAGGAGCGCAAGCGGCGUCUGAGCAAUUUGCUCUCCAUGGAAUCCUACAUACAAAGCAUUUUUACCAUCAUCAAACGAGAUGGGGGAAAUGCGUCCAAUGCAGCAGCUCCUAGCAGCAGGGAGCUGCCCAGUGAAGAGUUGCCUGUUGAGGCAUCCACAUCAGCCGCUGCUGCGGCGGCAAUCCGGGCCAGGCCCAAGGGUGCCACAACGCCGCCGGAGCCCGAGGAUGAUAUACUGCAGGGCAAUUACAAUUUUGAGAUUGAUACAAGCGAAAUGAAUUUACACGCAACUCUACCGCUGAAGUCCAAGUCGGUCAACGGUCAGGAUCAGGAUCAGGAUCAGGAGGCGGCGGACACAUUCAAUGAAUCGCUGCCGGCGGCAACUGCAGCUGUGGUCAACAGCGUCGUCCCACCCAUCAGCGCCGCUGCCGGCAGCGUUGUUGCAUCCACUUCCCAGGCAGCGAGUCCAACACAAAUUUAGUUGUCGUUCAAUGAUUUGCUAAGCAUUUUAUUUUACGGCAAGCCAUUGGAAUGAUGAUGGUGGUGAUGAUGAUGAUGAUGAUGAUGAUGAUGGCAGGCUAGGCGGCUAGGCGCAUCCGACAAUGGCUAUACACUGGCUCAGGCUGAGGCUCACAUAGGUACUACUACUACGAAUUUUUGGCCAAAGGUCAAAAGUUGAUGCAAGGAAUGAUUUGAACAACCCAAGGUUGGUGCUAUGCCUCCUUCGUGGCACGCGGAGGCGAACGAUUUUUGAGCAAGGACAGUUAUACUAAAUUAAAAUUAAUCUAGCAACAUAUUCAAGCGGUAACACAUCAAUUCAAAUAGUUAUGUAAUUCACACACACACGCACACAUCUACAUCGACACGCAUAUAUA